AUGCCUCAAAUUCGCACCCCGUUGACCGACCUGCUCAAGAUUGAUGCCCCCAUUCUCUCAGCACCCAUGGCGUUUGCCAGCACUGGAGUGCUAGCUAGCGCCGUAAGCAAGGCUGGCGCUUUCGGUUUCAUGGGAGCAGGUUUCUUCUCUUCGGCGGAGCUCAAGGAGAAUUUCGCAUUGAUGAGAAAAAAUCUCAACAUUGCCCCAGAUCAGCCGGUGCCAAUUGGCAUUGGUUGUAUUGGAUGGAUCCUCGACAUGACUGAAUCGUCGCCAGACCCACGCCUUCAUGCCAUUCUAGAAGAGAAGCCCGUUGCCCUCUGGUUAGCCUUCGGUGUCGAUCUGGGGAAAUAUGUUGCCCAAAUCCACGCGUUCGACGCAAAACGGGACCACAAGACUAUUAUUUUUGUAAUCGUCAACUCGGUUGAAGAUGCCGUUCGCGCUGCAAACGAGUGGAAGGUCGAUGUAAUCGUAGCACAAGGCAUAGAAGCAGGUGGCCAUGGAGGAUCAGAGGCGCCCCCGCUUUUCACCUUGCUACAGGCUAUCCUUGAUGCCCUUCCUAACGGUCCCCUCGUAGUUGCUGCAGGUGGUAUUUCAACCGGCAAACAAAUUUCCGCCCUUCUAACCAUGGGAGCGGCGGGCGUUGUACUUGGAACGCGCUUUUUGUUUACCGACGAGUGCAUCUACAGCCCAGCUAUGAAGGAAGUUAUCGUUGCCGCUGGAAACAACGCUACUGUUCGCACACUUGCAUUUGAUGAGGUCGGAAAGACGAACUACUGGCCCCCCAAGCACAACGGACGUGCAAUUGCGAAUGAUAUCAUGAAGGACGUUUCCGAAGGUCUCAGUCUUGAGCAACGAUUGGAGAGAUUUGAACAAAGUGCAGCUACUCAGGAUAAAAACCGAUUGAUCAUUUGGGCCGGUGUCGGUGUCGGACUCACUAACAAAAUCACCCCUGCAGGAGAUGUUGUUCGGGAAUUGAUCAAGGAAUCGUCAGAGAGUCUGAAAGCAGCAUCAAAACUGGUCGCUUUCUGA